UCCGAUUUCUCUCUCUAUAAAGAUUAAAAAAAGCUCCAUGUCACACUCUUUAUGUUUCUCUCUCUAAAAAGUUUACAGCUUUAUAACAGUCAAUUUCGUCAAAUUUAAGUUAGUUUUAUUAUUAUUAUCCUCGGAGUAGCAGAAAUGUUGGAGGCGAAAGACCCGGCAAUUAAGCUGUUUGGGAUGACGAUUCCUCUGCAAGAGAAUUCCACUGCAAGUACUCUUACUGCUACUUGUAGUGGAGUUGACGAUUGUGGUCAAGAUCAUCCAGACCGUCCAUCUUGUGGGAGCUCUACUGUUCUUGAUGAAGAUGAGGGCGGUGAUGAUUUUACUAAAGGAGAUGAUGGUGAAGAGAGAAACAGUGAUGAUAAUAUGGAUGCAGAAGCAGAAAAAACAACAGAAAAUAAACAGGAAAAUGGAGCCCAAGCGGUGACUUCAGAAGAGUCUUCAAAUCCAGAAGCAACUUCGGAGAUAAGUGAAAACCGCAAAACAUCUGCUGAGAACGACAAGGAAUCAAAAACUGCAAAGACAGAGGAAGAACAGACUGAUACAAGUAAUUCACAAGAAAAGAUUCUAAAAAAACCUGAUAAGAUCAUCCCAUGCCCUCGUUGUAAUAGCAUGGACACCAAGUUCUGCUACUACAAUAAUUACAAUGUGAAUCAGCCUCGACACUUCUGCAAGAAUUGCCAGAGAUAUUGGACAGCUGGAGGGACUAUGAGAAAUGUUCCUGUUGGUGCCGGUCGUCGUAAAAACAAGAACUCUGCUUCACAUUACCGUCACAUAACUGUUUCUGAAGCUCUCCAGCAUGUUGGAACAGAAAUUUCAAAUGGUGUUCAUCAUCCUGCACUAAAAAGUAAUGGGACAGUCCUUACCUUUGGCUCGGAAGCUCCACUUCAUGAAUCAAUGGCUUCCGUGUUGAGUCUUGCUGAUAGAACAAAGCAGAACAUCACAACAAAUGGGUUUCAUAAACCUGAAGCGUUGAGGAUUCCCGUAUCCUACGUAGGUAUAGAAAAUGGGGAUACUCAUUUGAAAGGAAAUAUAUCCACAACAUCAAUUUCAAAAGACGAAGCUAGCAAAGAUGGAUCUCAAGAUCCUGGAACACAAAAUUGUCCGGCCUUUCCACCUCAAGUACCAUGUUUUCACGGCACUCCUUGGCCUUAUCCUUGGAAUUCCGCUCAGUAUAACUCACAAUUACCACCAACUGCUUUUUGCCAUCCUGCAUUUCCUAUGCCAUUCUAUCCUGCAGCGGCUUACUGGGGUUGCACUGUACCGGCCAAUUGGAACAUGCCAUGGAUACCUCAGCCACCGUCUCCCAACCAAACUGCACCAACUUCUGGCCCCAACUCUCCAACCUUGGGGAAACAUUCAAGGGAUGACAGUGUGCUCAAACCAAGCGACACUGAAGAAGAGCCAACAAAGGAAAAGAUAUGGAUUCCAAAAACUUUGAGGAUCGAUGACCCUGGAGAAGCUGCAAAAAGUUCUAUAUGGAAGACACUGGGGAUUAACAAGGACAAGCCUGACUCAAUUGGCGGACGAGGACUAUUUAAAGUCUUCGAAUCAAAAGGCAAUGAUAAGAAUCAUGCAACCGAAACUUCUUCAGUACUACAUGCCAAUCCAGCAGCAUUGUCUAGAUCAGUCAAAUUCCAUGAAAGUUCGUAAAUAGGCGGUAACUCGUACUUGUUCCUAAUGGUGCAUAAAAGGUCACAAGCAUCAUUUCCAAGAAUUGGUAGUUGUUGCAGUCAUGUUGAAAGGAAGAGUAUCAUAAAUUAGAGGUAGCCAGUGAAACUAGCUAUUUUGUGUUUUGAUUGAGUGCUAGUCUAGGCAGCUGUUUUUUGUUCCAGUUAGAUGGUUUGCUAGAGUUCAUGUACAUAGCUUAAAUGUUACUAUUAUUAUAUAAAUUGUUGAGAGAUCGAGAGUUUAGGCAUAAGACACUUGAAUUUGUGUACCAUAAUCUCAAUUGUUUAAAAAUAAAUUUGGGAAAUGAAAUCUACCUUCUUUUUGUUGGCA